ACAGAAGACCGAGGGGAACUUCCAAUCUCCGGCGCACGACUCAGGGAAGCUUCCGAUCUUGCUGAAAUAGCAUGUGUUCAAUUCAUGGCACAUUAAAAGUAAUAUUCAAGCUUGGUGGAAAGUUAGGUAAAGAUGGAGAUUCAUCAAGGUAUAUUGGUGGUUUUGUGAAAGUAGCACACAUCCUCUAUGAACAGUGGGGCAUGAUGAUGAUAAAGUCAUAUGUAGAAGAAUAUGGGUAUAAGAACUGGGAAGACAUUUACAUAUAUGUUCAAAGUGGCACUACUUUAAAAGAGCUACUGACAGAUAGUGAUGCGUGGGAGUUGUUUCAUGUUGACGAAUUAUCAAGUGAAUUGGAACUUUGGGUGGUGAUACAUGGUGAUUCUGGAUUUAAUAGAGGCAAUGAUACUGGUGAUAUUGGUGAUGAUGAAUACACAGAAGACGAUACUGGAAGCGACGGAGAGGAUGAUGUUGACCUUGAAGAGUUGGAUUACGAUGAGGAUGAUUUGUUGUUUGAUGCGAAUGUGGAUAUGACAGUGGAGUUUCAUGGGAUAGAAGAUAGCAUGCCUCAUGUCUCACAUGCCCUGGAGGUGAGCACUCAGGUGGAACAACAAGUACUUGGCAGUGACGAUGAAAGUUUGUCUGAAGGAGAGUUGAUGGAAAAGCUUAAUCUGCCGUUAGUGAAAAAAAGGUGUACGAAGUGCAAGGUGGUUGGACACAACAAGAAAACAUGUCCAGAAGAUCCGCAAGCCAAGGCUAGACAGACUCAAGCAAAAGAAAAGAAAAAGAAACAACUUCGCAGAAGAAAAGGGGCACUUCAAAGUGUAGUUUGUGUGGAAGAAGCUUCAUUAAAUGUUAACCAAAGUGUUCCAACUUUAGCUCUUGUCCAAAAUGCCUGUGACACAGAUUUUGAAUUCUGGGAAGAUGCAACUAAAAUGGCAGACAUGUACUCUCAAAGAGAUGCGACAUUGCAGGAAGAAAAGAGCACGACAUGCCAUCCACGUAGUGCAUGAAGCGAGUGGGGAGAUGCUGAAGAUAAAUGCAUUUUUUGGUUGUUUGCUUCUUUGCAAUCUGAAUGUCAAUAGGCACAGGUGCCAAGAUAUACUUUUUUGGGUUUUGCUUUUUUUUACAACUGCAAUGCUAUUAGGCACAAGAGAUGCCAGCAUAUGUUUUUGGUUUUUAGUUAUUUACAACUUCAAUGUUAUUAGGCACAAGAAGAUGCCAACUUAUUUUUGUAAGAAAGUUAUUAAUUAGGCAGUAAAGAAGACUAGAUUUG